AUGACCGUCCCGCUCCCCUCGGUCCGCUUGGCUUCCUCCUCGUCCGCCGCACCACCUCCACUUCGUCCGCCCCUCUCGUCGAAGGAACGCGUCGCGCGCAACCAGGCAAAGCGCGUGCAGGUCUCGAGGGAUUUCCGAACAGACACUAUCACGAUCCCCACGGAUGAGCUGUACGAGCUGAUGAAGAAUGCGUCGCGGGGGGACAGCGUGUACGAUGAGGAUGAAGACACGAUUGAGCUCGAGCAGCGCAUCGCAGAGAUGGCGGGCAAGGAGGCGGCCUUGUUCUGCGUGUCGGGCACGAUGACCAACCAACUCGCGAUCCGGACACACCUCCACCAGCCUCCAUACUCCGUCGUAACCGACCACCGCGCGCACGUCCACAUCAGCGAAGCCGGCGGAAUCGCCUUCCACUCGCUCGCAACGACCAACGCCGUCUACCCCCGUGACGGACACCACAUGACCGUCGAAGAGGUGCUCGACGAGUGCGUCGUCGAUGACGACAUCCACGUUGCGCCGACCAAGCUCGUGUGCGUCGAAAACACCUUGAGCGGAAUGGUCUUCCCCCAGUCGGAGCUGGUCCGCCUCCGCGAAGCGCUCGACUCGUUCUCGAUCCCGCUGCACUGCGACGGCGCGAGGAUGUGGGAAGCGAUGGCCAAGACGGGGAUGUCGCUUUCCGAGGCGUGCGCGCCGUUUCACACCGUCUCGCUCUGCCUGAGCAAGGGCCUCGGCGCACCAGUCGGCAGCGUCCUCCUCGGCCCCAAGGACUUCAUCCGCCGCGCAACCUGGUUCCGCAAGCAAUUCGGCGGCGGAAUCCGACAGGCGGGCGGGCUUGCACUCGCCGCCUCAGUCUGCCUCGACACGGUCCUCCCCCAACUCCCUCGGACGCACCACCUCGCGACGAAACUCGCGCGCGCACUCGCAGCCGAAGGAGUGCAGCUCGACUUGCCUACCGAGACGAACAUGGUCUGGAUCAACCCUCAGCCUCUCGGGUUCUCCAUGACUGAAUUGCAGGAGGCCGCGAGGGACAAGGCGGGCAUCACACUCGGUGCGCCGAGGGGUCGGGUCGUCGUACACUACCAGAUCGACGAGCGGGCUAUCGGCGAGUUGGUCGAUGUCGUCAGGGAGUUGAAGGCGCAGCGAACGAACGAGGCGAGGCAGUGGGAGGAGCUGGUCGGGUUCGAGGUCGCGGAAGAGAUCAGGCGUAAGAGCAGGCUCUACGCCGAGGGACAGUACGAGGGGCGGAUCGAGGGUCCGAAGCGGUCUCUCCCAGCUUACGGCAAGAAGUAG